AGAAUGCGUCGAUUUGGCUUUCCUUCCGUCCGAUCGCUUUGCCUUCGCUCAUAGCAAUCGCCUCUUCGCCUGUUCGCCGCCCUUCCAGCCGCGUCUCUUGUUCCGACGGACAACGGUGCCCUAACCUACCCAGCCACGCUACGUCGACGGCGUCGUGCUCGGUGGCAGCCGGCGGCAAAUCUCUUAUCUAUCCGUUCAGUUCUAGGAGACCAGGAGGAUUUAGGGAUCCUUACGGUGCAGCUGUGCAACUAGGGCAGUGAAUAGUCAUUUUUUCUAGUUCUCAGUUUGUGAAAUCAUGUUGCCCAAAAAGCACGCAUCUGGAAGUGAGAAAAGAAAAAAGAAGAGAAGGAUAGAGGACUUGAUACAAUUGCAAAAAGGAGCUAUUAAUAAAUUUUUUAAGAGUAAUACAAGCACUUCAAGAAAUCCUGAUGAGUGGGCAAUUGUUGCUGUGGAGGAACAAACUAUGCAUCCAGAAGAUCAAGGCCCUAUAGAGGAUAAUGUCGGCAUCAACACGGAUGAUAAUAAUGUGAGUGAUCAUGAGCCCAUAUUUAAUUCUCCUACGACGGAGUCUACUCGUGUUGAUGAUGAACCAAUUUUUACAUUUGAUAUGUAUGAUCCAGUAAAUUGGGAUAAUCUUGAUAACAAAGCAAGGGACAUAUUAGUGGAGAAAGGGCCUAUUAGAGAAGGAAAUAUUGUGUUUCCUUUGGAUGUCAACACAAGACAUUUUUCGUACACUCAUUAUUCUAGAAAAAUGAGCAAUGGAGAGGUACGUGAUAGGAAAUGGUUGGUCUAUUCAAAAAGUGUUGACAAAGUGUUUUGCUUUUGUUGUAAGCUGUUCGAUUCUAGCAACCGCAAGAGUUCAUUGGGGCAUGAUGGGUUUAGAGAUUGGAGGCAUGUUAGUGAGAGACUAAAAGAGCAUGAAGUUAGUGUGGACCAUAUGACCAACAUGAACUCUUGGAAUGAAUUGAGAGUUAGAUUAAGCAAACAUGAAACAAUUGAUAAGGAGUUGCAGCAUCAAAUCACGAAGGAGAAAGAAUGCAUAAGACAAGUUCUAUUCAGACUAGUUGCCAUUAUCAAGUUUCUUGGUAAACGCAGUCUAGCUUUUAGAGGAUCUAGUGAUCAACUUUACAAUGAUGUGAAUGGUAAUUUCUUAGCUUGUUGUGAGAUGGUUGCAGAAUUUGACUUGGUAAUGCAAGACCACCUUAGGCACAUUCAAAACAAAGAGCUGCAAUAUCAUUAUCUUAGUCAUAAAAUUCAAAAUGAGUUGAGUUCUCUUAUGGCUUCUAGCAUUACAAGCUCCAUCAUAAAGAUUGUUAAAGCGAGCAAAUAUUUCUCGGUUAUCCUUGACUGUACCCCAGAUGUGAGUCACCAAGAACAAAUGAGUUUGUUGGUUCGAUGUGUUCAUAUGUCUGAUGGGAAAAUAAAAGUUGGGGAGUACUUUAUUGGUUUCUUGAAGGUGGAUGACACAUCUGGCUCGGGUCUUUUCAAUGUAUUAGUUGACUCCAUCAAGUCAUUUGGCCUUAAUGUUGAUGAUAUUAGAGGUCAAGGUUACGACGAUGGCUCUAAUAUGAAAGGAAAACAUAAGGGGGUACAAAAGCGUUUGCUUGAUAUAAAUCCAAGAGCUUUGUAUAUGCCAUGUGCUUGCUAUGGUCUUAAUCUCACUCUUUGUGAUAUGGCUAAAUCAUGCAGAAAAGCUAUUUCAUUUUUUGGAAUUGUGCAGAGGAUAUAUGUAUUAUUUUCAAGUUCUACCAAAAGAUGGAAUGUUUUGCUUGACCAUGUUAAAGAUUUGACUGUGAAAUCAUUGAGCAAUACUCGUUGGGAGAGUCGCAUCAAAAGUGUCAGGGCUAUUAGAUAUCAAGCUCCUCAACUAAGGUCAGCUUUGUUGUGGCUAAGUGAGGGUAGAGAUACUGAACCAAAGGACAGGAGUGAUGCAAAAAAUUUAUAUGACGUGCUUGGCAGCUUUGAGUUCAUACUUGGAAUGGUUAUUUGGCAUGACAUUCUAUAUUCUGUAAAUAUUGUCAGUAAGAAGUUGCAAUCACCAUCCAUGUGCAUUGAUUCUACCUUACAGCAUAUAGAAGGUAUGGUGAGUUACUUUCAGAGCUAUAGAAAUAAUGGGUUUGCUGAUAGUCUGGUUGCAGCCACAGAAAUUGCACUUGAAAUGGGAGUAGAGCCAUCCUUCCCAGUAGAGCGUCAGUCUCAAAGGAAGAAACAAUUUGAUGAAACUGAGUACAAUGAAGCUAUUUUGCAAGCUGAGAAGGAUUUUGAAGUCAAUUAUUUUUUAGUUAUGGUUGAUAUGGCAAUUAGUUCAUUGAAAAGCAGAUUUCAAGAACUCCAGUCAUUCAAUGGAAUAUUCGGAUUUCUAAUGAAUUCAACAUCCUUGAAGUCAUUGGAUGCAGCUGAUCUAAAAGACCAAUGCACUAAAUUUGCACAAACUUUCUCUUUGGAUGGUUCCUCGGAUGUUGAUAUAAAUGACCUAAUUUCUGAAUUAGGUGUUAUACAGUUUACUUUGCCAGAUAGGCCAAUGUCUGCUAUGGAGAUUUUUGAAUUUGUCACAGAAGCGGAUUGUUAUCCUAAUAUUUCCAUCGCUUAUCGGAUCCUAUUCACUAUGCCUGUUACUGUGGCCUCAGCUGAAAUAACCUUUUCAAAGUUGAAAUUAUUGAAGAAUUAUUUGAGGUCUGUAAUGUCUCAAGAAAGAUUAAAUGGUUUGGCAACUUUAUGCAUAGAGAAGAAACUAUUAGAUGAAAUUGAUAUUGAUGCCAUCGUCGAUGACUUCGCAUCACUACAUGUUAGAAGAAAUUUUUAAGAUUACUUUUCAGGUUUAUUUUUUUCACCCCUGAAUAUAGUGGAGAGGAUCAUUUACUGGUACUAUUUACAUGUGCAGUUCAAGAACUAAUUCAAGUGAGAUAUUGGAGGAGUUAAAACUGAAAAAUUUAAACAAGUGUUACCCGUAAUUUCGUUUGCAAGGUAGAUGGUGUUUGUUGAAGUUAAUCCACACUAUUGAACUGCUUCCAAACAGAUUUAAUUUCUUGGAUGCUUCUCUUCUUCUUCUGUCUUCGGUGGAUUUCUUGCUGUUGUGUGGAUGGCAUGUAAACAAUUCCAUAGUUCAUAUGUCAGAGAGUUCUUAAGUAUCCAUACAGAUUUAAUUUCUUGGAUGCUUAUCUUCUUCUUCUGUCUUCGGUGGAUUUCUCUGUUGUGUGGAUGGCAUGUAAACAAUUCCAUAGUUCAUAUGCCAGAGAGUUCUUAAGUAUCCAUGUAAAGAUCAGCAUUUUGAAUGAAGUCCAGAGCACUUUCUCCACAUUGGCAUGCCGUAUUCAUAAACCGAUAACACCUACAGUUUAUGCAGGGCGACAGAUAAACGCAUUGUAGCAUAGUAUCAAAAGCCUAUGUGCUUUUUAUUCCUUUGGUGAAGAACCAGACAAUUGGGUUAGAUGAUGUAUAGUGAUCAUGGGCGCAUGGCCCUGUGUCUGACCGGUCACCAGCCGGCCUGUUCCAUCUCCAUUUUGGCUUCAUCUUAGUCUCAUCAGAAUAAUCCCGCAGAAACACUGUUAGGUUAGGAUGGGAUUCAUCUUGAAUUUUGUCAUCCCCCUGGGACUUCAAAUGUCUUGUAUGAGUGAUUUAAACUAUCA